UUGAAAUCUUGUAACUUUGAGGCACGGCCUAUCUUCAUUACUGGUCGAUAAAUGUAUAUCGUAUUUAAAAUAAGUCAAGCGUUGCUGUUACAAUGAGUGAAACCAUCAUGAGUGAUGUAGUGCCGACCACAAUGGAGACUGAGAAGCCGGUUUCAGCUGCUACUAACGUAGAAUUCCCGGUCUUCCCAGAACCUACAGAUGCUGAUUUCGAUGAAGAUCUGCCACAAAAGGAAAAGGAUUAUUAUAAAUCUAAAUUUCCAGAUUUGAAUGUGCUGAAGACCAUGAGAUUGCAUUGUACAUCUUGUGAUCGUCAUUUAGGAAACUCUGCGAGGAAUGAGACACGCAUGCGAUCGCAUCCAUUGCUCCGCACCCUUGUCUGUAACACAUGUCACACUUUUUACAAUAGUGGAGAAUUUGAUAAAGGGGAAGAUGGUUCCGAGCUGUACUGUCGGUGGUGCGGACAGGGGGGGCAAGUUUACUGCUGCUCUAAUUGCCCUCAUGUAUUUUGUGCGAAAUGUAUCAAACGGAAUUUUGGUAUGCCUAAGAUCAAGGAAAUUGAGAACACUGAUGACUGGAAAUGUUUUAAAUGCGAUCCCGAAUGCUUGUGGGAUCUUCGUUCACUGUGCUGGGCAUUGCUGCGUUUCUGUGAUCUCAGGAAUAAGAUAACUUACCACACUAAAGAUCCAGAACUUAAAGAACUGUACCAAAAGGAAAUCGCUACGGAUCAUACAGAUUGCUGUAAAAAUAAAACCAGGCGGAGAGACAAAAAGGAUAAAGAAGAGGUCAAGAAAAAAGAACCAGAUGAUAAAAAGGAAAAGGAUAUUAAAAAAACUCCAAUUCCCAUUGCCAAUGUGAUGACCAAAAUUCCUCCAACAAUUCAGGUUAGAAAAUUUGCAUCAAUUAACCUUGACGAGUCGCCAAAAAAUAAAAAGCCACAGAAAAGACCAGGAAGUCCUCAAAAUAAACAACCUGUCUUAGUGCCGAAUCCUGUGUCACAUCAAGGAGCAGGCAGGGUAUACCCAAAAGUUAUACCUAUGCCUGUGAGUAUACAAGCACCUAAGAAAAUGAAGAUGCCAACAGGACCUGUUAUGUUCAAUCCAAUAAGGAUUCAAAAAGAUAAAGUUCAAACCUACGCUCGUAUUAGACCGAAACUAUUAACACCCGUCAGUGCUCCGCCGCCGCACUUACUUGUAAACAACCAAAUGAAUGGUUUCAACGCUCAUGGGAUGUUUAAUAAUAAUAUGGUUUUUGGAGAUAACAUUAAUUUGUCACUGGAAAGUUUAACUCAGGGUUUGGAUAUGGCGACUGUAGCGGCUAUAUCACAAGGUACUCCGCAGGAUGAUGUAGUAUGCACCCCAGACUUUCCUCUGGAGCCCUUAUGUGAGGUGACUGAAGAUAAUGCAGAUGAUGAUGUUCAAUGCAUCACUCCAAAUCUUCCUCAGAAAAUAAACACCCCGCCGCCGCUGGUUCCUCGUUUACCAAACCUUACAGAUAUCUCUUCAGACAACAUAAUACAGAUGACAGAAAACGACGUUACCGUUAACGCAGCAACUGGAGGAUUGAAAUUCCGAGUUGAUCCUCAAACUCUGUCUUCUAAUAAAAUGUAUCGUCUUCCUGACGGACGUAUUUUCGCCAUCAAUGCUAAUCCUAAUAUGCCUGGAGGUUAUUCUGCUACUAUUGUGGCAGUUACCGAAACAAAUUCUGGGAAAGUUGCUCCCAAAGGUGCAACAUAUGCUGCUAAACUUAGUGCAGUUCCAACUCCACAACAUAAAAUUCACUCACCUUCUACACCUAGAAACAAUAGAAUUCCAAUUGAUCAAUCAUCUAAAAAGAAAAUUACCAAGAAAGUUAAACCUAAGAAUAACUCCAAUUCGUUAAGAAAGUGCGACUUGAAUGUACCUGUUGAAUGGUAUCGAUUUAGUUUAAUAGAUGCUACAGACUCCUUGGAAUAUUCCUUGUCUAAGUUACAAAAAUUAAAGAAAGACGCGACGACUGCACACCUUCGUACUCGCACAGUUGACGAAAUGCGAAACCUACACAGGGCGCUGGAUCGUUUAUUAAACACUUCUGUCGUCAGAUUUAAUGAAAUCCGAGAAAAUCUUCAUAAAGAAAUGAAGAAUUACAUUGCAAAGAAAACGAAUCGACCAAAUAUAAGCGACGACGAUGACGACGAUGAUGAUGUUGAAAUCUUAAAUGAGUUAGAAGACAAUGAUGAUCCAAUUUUCAUAGAUGAAAAUUCAAUGGAAUCUAACAAUGCUACAGGUGUUAAUGAAGCUCAAGAGGUUGACUUGACAGAGGUGGAGAGCGAACAUAACGAUAGUGCAGAAAAAUCAACGAAAGACUCUGAUACUACAGAGAAAGAUCCUCUUUCGAAAACAGUACAAAUGGAACGUGAUGAUGAUACAUCAAGUACAACUAACGACGAGAGGUCUUCUAUCGUAACUGAAUUGAAAGAAAACGGCAACGAAAAGAAUGACAACAGAAAGGAAAAUAAAGAUAUCAACAAUGAAAGUACAAUGAAUGAUGACAACAUUCCAAACAAUAAGGAAUCGGACGAUAAUAUUGCAUGUCACAUAUCUGAUGUAGCAAAAAUUAAUGGUGAUUCAAUUGACAAGAAUGGUGAAAGUGAAAAUAGUAGUAAAGACGAUACAAAUGUUAGCAAAGAAGAUGGCGAGCGAGAUGUGGGUGAUGACGUGGAGUCAGUUAAGGGCAAGAAUGUACAAGAUUCCAGUAAUGAAGACGGGGAAGAAGCGAAAAAGGCUGAAGAAUUUAAAGUUAGUGAAAAUAAAAUGGAAAACAUAGACAUAAGUGAAGAUAAAACUCAGGAUGCUGAAAUGAGUGAUGAGAUGAUAGAAUCUUUAUUAAAAGGUGAUAGCGGUGGAAUAGAUGACAUUGAGACACAGAAUAUGAACUGCUUGGAGGAUUUCCAGGAUAGUUAAGUGCAGUUUGUAUUUACAGUAAAGUAAGUUUUAAAAUAUGUAACUGAAUACUUUCUAGGUUAGGUGUAAAUGCUGAUUAAAUGCUGAAAUCAUUAGUAAAUGUUUACCGCUAAUGUUAUUAAUAGAUUUAUAUAAAUAAAGAAUAAUCUUGAAAAUUAAAAAUGCAAUGUUACUUUCUAUGAAUCUCUAACUUUAUCACUGUAAGGCAGCUGGAAUCUCUGCGUCUGUUUGAUGUUCUUUGUCAUACAUUUUAGUUUCCAAGAGAUUCGGAAGUGACAAUGUGUGUAAAAGACUUCGCAUAUUAAACAAAAUUCUGAUUUAUUUAUCUGACUGUUUUUACCACGACAACUCGUCUAUGGUUUAUAUUCUUAAUUGCUUUAUUUUCGGAAGAAAUAUAGCUCGAUAUAGUAAUAGAAUGAAAUAGAAUUAAAUAAUAAUUAGUUGUUUGUUUCGUAAAAGUAAUUUUAUUUGUUUCACAAAAUUUAAAUGUUAAUGUUUUGUUUCCGUUUCUUGAUACUAUUUGC